GAUAUUAAUAUAUUAUGAUAAUAACAAAUUGUCACAAUAAUUAAAAUUUAUAAAAAAAAUUUAAACCAAUACACCAAAAUAAAAGAAGGAAAAAUAAAAAAUAAAAAAAUACAACUAGCCCCUAAAUAAGUGACCGUUUGUUGCGGAAGAGAGAGAGUACAAACUGGUUUUAAACUCAUUUCCCGCGACUUAUCUAGUUCGAGCAGAAAAGGAAAGAAACCCUAAUUGCAUUCGCCAUUUCUGUGUGUGCUGAACAGAGAGAAAAGUCAAAAUGAAGAGGAAUCGGGAGGGAAGACAUGAAUACGAUUAUGGAGAUGGAGGGUCGUGGGUGAGAGGGCCUUUGAUCGGCAAAGGCAGCUUCGGCUGUGUGUUUCUUGCCCAUAACAGGAAGAAAGGCGGCUGCUUUCCCUCCGCCAUGGCGGUCAAAUCCUGCGAGCUUUCUUUCUCUGCUUCUCUGCAGAAGGAGAGAGAAAUUCUCGGCAAUCUUGACGGGUGCUCUAACGUUUUGCGAUGCUUUGGGAAUGAGACGACCACCAGUGAAGAUGGGCAGAAGACGAUCUACAAUUUGCUUCUGGAGUUUGCCAGUGGAGGGACUUUGGGCGCUUUCAUAAGGAAGAACGCCGCCGUUGCUGCUCUCAUUCCCGAAUCAGAUGUCCGGGGCUACACUAGGGCUAUUCUUCGUGGCCUCCAACACAUUCACGCUUGGGGUUAUGUUCACUGCGAUUUGAAGCCAGACAACAUUUUGCUAUUCGCCCCAAAUUCUGCUUCUGGCUCUGGUAAGUUUGUGCCUAAGAUAGCUGAUUUCGGACUGGCGAAGCGGAGGAGCGUGCAGGAUCCUUGCUUCAGGGGAACUCUAUUGUAUAUGUCACCAGAAUCUUUGGUUCAUGGCAUACAGGGACCUCCUUCUGAUAUUUGGGCUCUUGGCUGUGUCGUGCUGGAGAUGUUGACUGGAAGACCACCGUGGGGCGGUGCCGCAGAUUUAGACCGUAAUGGUCUUCUCUCUCGGAUUCAAACUUUGACUGAAUUGCCGAAAGUUCCUAAUAGCCUAUCCAUAGAAGCCUGGGAUUUCUUGAAGAGAUGUUUUGCGAGGAAACCUAGGUUCAGGCCCACCGCCGAGCAGCUUUUGAAUCACCCAUUCGUUGCAAGAUCAUACCGCAAAGAGUACGAAACAGAAACUAAUGGUUUUGGGCAGGAGGAGAAGGAUAACAAGGAGGAGGACGUCGUAAACCCCAUAAGGGGGUUGUCUGGGAAAGGGACCGAUGAUGAACAUUCUUCGUUUUCCACCUAUUAUCAGAGUUUCAGUUCUGAGGAUUUCUUCUCUUCUCUGUCAGAAGAAGUAAUUUUCCCUAUUAUUCCGAGUUCCGAGUAA